GUCGACUUCACCAAAUUUCCGCUUCUUCUUCUCACUUUUUUUACUUCAUAAAAACAUUUUAAAAAAUCUCACAUUCAUUUCUAGGGUUUUGAAGAAAAGGAAAAAUAAAUGUUAGGUGGUGGAUUAUAUGGAGAUCUGCCUCCACCAUCCGCGGCGGCGGAGGAAGAUAAACCAACUACCACCACCUCCACUGUAUGGUCUACUAGUACCUUAAUGGCUCCACCUACUCUUCGUAAACCCAUGCCCCCACCACCACCACAAACUAUUUUAAAAUCCCAAAACAAACCUAAACCUUCCAAAACUUUACUUUCUCCGGCACCGCCUGUCACUGUCCUACCCGAUGAGGUGGCUGCGCAGCCGGCAUUGGUAGGGGUGAAUUCGGUGGUCAUUGAGGAGUAUGAUCCCGCGAGGCCGAAUGAUUAUGACGAUUAUAGGAGGGAGAAGAAAAGGAAGGCCAUGGAAGCAGAGAGGUUGAGGGAGAUUGAGAGGAGGAGGCAAGAGGAGGAGGAAAGAGAGAGUAGGGAGAGGGAAGACAGGGAGAGGGAUACGAAUAUUUCCGGGGAGGAAGCGUGGAAGAGGCGUGCCGCGAUGAGUGGUGGUGGUGUUCCGAGGAGUCCGUCGCCACCCAGUAAUGGGGAUGGGUUUCGUAUUGGGAAGUCAGAGACGGUUGGGUUGGGAGUUGGUGCUGGUGGACAAAUGACUGCCGCCCAGAGGAUGAUGGCGAAGAUGGGGUGGAAGGAAGGGCAAGGAUUGGGGAAGCAGGAGCAGGGGAUUACGACGCCGUUGAUGGCCAAGAAGACUGAUCGGAGAGCUGGGGUUAUUGUGAAUGCCAGUGAGUCAAAGCCAGAGAAGAAGGUGAAGAGUGUGAAUCUCAAUGGAACGCCUACUCGAGUUUUGCUACUUAGGAAUAUGGUGGGUCCUGGUGAGGUAGAUGAUGAACUAGAAGAUGAGGUUGCAUCCGAGUGUGCAAAGUAUGGAACAGUCACUCGGGUUCUUAUCUUCGAGAUCACUGAGCUGAACUUUCCACGGGAAGAGGCAGUUAGAAUUUUCAUACAGUUUGAGAGAUCAGAAGAAACAACAAAAGCAUUGAUUGAUCUUGAUGGGCGGUUUUUUGGGGGUAAUGUGGUUCGAGCGACCUUCUAUGAUGAGGAGAGGUUCAGCAAGAAUGAGUUGGCUCCUAUGCCUGGUGAAAUCCCUGGCUUUUGAUGGCCGAUUGAAUAACUUGUCAAGUUUCCUUCACAUUCAUCAGGAAAGUUAUGGUGGACUCUUAUUUUGAUUCCCAGUUUACUGUGAGAAUUAAGCUAUGGUAAGUAGGUUCCAGCUUUGGGUUAGGUGGAGUGUAAACUGUGCUUCUAUUGAUAAUUAUAAGCUGCAUGCACUUGUUACCGUUGAAUGAACCAUAGAGAAUUUAUUUCUUCUUUUUUCUUUUUUUCUGUUCAAAUAUUCUCCCUUUGAUAGGACAAACUUCUACAUUCCUUGUACUUUAUAGUAGUCGACCAUGAUUGCAUUCAACAUUCUGCUCAUAAAACAUGAUGGCAGUUCUUGAAACUCGAGGAGAUCUCACGCAAUGCAUUUUUAUCUUGUACGUA